GAUUUGGUUGCAUGUUCUGCCAGGGUGCUGUGGACUUGUUAGUUUUUGCUGACAGUUUAAUUAGUCCAUUUUAAGUAUACUCACUAUACAAAAGUAUGAUGCACUACUUGCUUAAUGUGGACGCAAUUUUUCUUUGCACCAAAUAUUUGCCCUACGUCCUGACGAGUCUGGUUAUUCCAAAAGGAUAGCCAGCUAGCAGGAUUAUACUUGUGGCGGCAGUCGGCAGACUUAUGACAAGGGACACCGUGCUGCUGCUGUGUGACAUGCAGGAGAAGUUCAGGACUAACAUUGUGCAUUUUGGCAGCAUUGUGAGCAAUGCAGCCCGGCUCUUACAGGCGUCUCGAAUUCUGGGCAUCCCUAGCAUCCUUACAGAGCAGUACCCCAAGGGACUGGGACCCACCGUGCUCGAGCUGGGGGCAGCAGACCUGACAGCUCAUUCCAAAACCCAAUUCUCCAUGAUCACCGAAGAGGUUAUAAAGGAACUGUUGGCCCUCAGAUCUCCCAAAAAGGCCAUCCUGUGUGGGAUUGAGGCUCAGGCCUGCAUUGCAUGCACAACCUUUGACUUGUUAGAACGAGGCAUGGAGGUUCACAUCGUGGCAGAUGCUGUUUCCUCUAGAAGUCAGACAGACCGGCUGUUUGCCCUGUCCCGCCUGAAGCAGAGUGGCGCGUACCUCACCACCACCGAAGGGGUCAUCCUGCAGCUUGUGCAGGAUGCCAGACACCCCAAUUUCAAAGAGAUCCAGAAGCUUCUGACACACCCCUCUCCCGACACCGGCCUCCUGGCUUUCUUCAGUUCUUUUUAGAGAGGAGGGAAACAUCCCAUGCAGGGAAACAUGCAGUCACAUCCCAGGGAGGAAUGAAGGAAACCUCCAUUCAAUAUUACAAUGAAAUUGUAAAGCAUUUAUGAAUAAAUAAAAUGUUAUUAACCAUA